AUGCUAUUAACGCCGCCAACCUCUCCCCAACUUACGACCUGUCUUGCGCCAGAAGACAGAUUGGGGUGCGUGUUAGCCGGCCGACUGGAACUUGUCUCCAUCCUAGGAAUUGGUGCUUAUGGAGUGGUCUACCAGGCCGUCGACAUUCUGACCAACAUCCCGUACGCGGUCAAGGCUCUUCCCAAAGCCGGAUUGGAUUCCAGACAACGGCGUUUUCAGCGUCGGGAGAUUGCCCUUCACCACCAAGCCAGUCAGCAUCCCAAUGUGGUUUCAUUACUUCGGAUCCUCGACAGCCCGGACUGCACGUUUGUCGUGAUUGAAUACUGCCCAGAGGGUGACCUGUUCUCCAACAUUACCGAACAAGGCCGAUUCGUGGGCGAUGAUCAAUUGGCCAAGCAUGCCUUCUUGCAAAUUUUGGAUGCAGUUCAAUAUUGCCAUUCCGUUGGAAUCUAUCACCGGGACCUGAAGCCCGAAAAUAUCCUGGUCACCGAUCAAGGCCACACCGUCAAAUUGGCCGAUUUUGGACUGGCAACCACGGAUGCGGUUACGUCAGACUUUGGAUGUGGCUCGACGUUUUACAUGUCACCUGAAUGCCAACAAGCUCCGGCCAGGCCAUAUGCUCGAUAUGCGGCCGCUCCUAAUGAUGUCUGGAGCCUCGGCGUCAUCCUGGUCAAUCUCACGUGUGGUCGCAAUCCCUGGAAGAAGGCAUCACCCGAUGAUUCGACUUUCAGAGCGUUCCUCCGGGAUCCCCAGUUUUUGAGCUCGAUCUUGCCCAUCUCACCGGAGUUGAACAUGAUCCUGAGACGCAUUUUCGAGUGUGACCCAACCAAGCGCAUAACUCUCCAGGAACUCCGGGAGAUGAUCAUCAGCUGUCCCAGGUUGACCAUGAACUCUUACAACACACUGCCGCCAUCCCCACCCCAGACACCUUACGAUUACGUGGACUCGUUGGACUGUGCCAACAUGGCUUUACCACCCUCUCCACCGGCUUCUCCAUGUCCUCACCAACCCUUCCAAUCUCAGCCUUCGGAAUGGUCCUUGUUCGAACCCGCCUCGAAGCAGGGUUCAUCUUGCUCUUCUCUUUCCACGGAUUCUGGCUAUGAAUCCGAGUUACCUUACACGGAUGCUGGUCAACGUUUGCAACCUCCCGUCUUCAACUUCUAUGGCAACGUCAUCCCUCUGCAUGAUCACGAGAAGGCUUACUACACGCCAUCUAACUUUGUCCCAACUGUUGCUGCAUUUUAA